AACCCAAGAACAAAAUCGUCAUCGUUCCGUCUCCAUCGAUCUCUCUGUCUUUUCCGGCGAUGGCGCCGAAGAAGGUCGCGAGAUCGGCCUCCUCCGAUGAUCCGGAGGAGCUCGCCCGUGUCCCUCUACAGGCUGUUCUCCUCGCUGACAGCUUCGCCACCAAGUUCCGCCCCAUCACUCUCGAGCGCCCGAAGGUGUUGCUACCGCUGGUGAACGUGCCGAUGAUUGAGUACACGCUGGCGUGGCUGGAGUCUGUUGGUGUUGAGGAGGUCUUCGUCUUCUGCUGCGCCCAUGCAAACCAGGUCAAGGACUACCUCAACAAGUCCCAGUGGAUCAAGCCUCCCUCCUCCUUCUCUUUCUCCGUUUCCACCAUCGAAUCCCACGAUGCCAUUAGUGCUGGUGAUGCUCUCCGCGUCAUCUACAACCGCAGCGUUAUACGUGGAGAUUUUAUCCUUGUUAGUGGCGACACUGUCAGCAACAUGGACCUCACUCAGGCUCUUCAAGAACAUAAGGAUAGGAGGAAGAAAGAUCCGCUGGCUGUAAUGACAAUGGUCAUCAAGCAUGCGAAGCCUUCUUCUACAACCCUUCAGACCAGGCUUGGCACUGAUGAGAUUAUUAUCGGCAUCCAUCCAGAGACGAAGGAGCUUUUGUACUACGAGGACAAGGCAGAUCACUUGCAGCGGGUCAUAUCAUUGGAUAAGACAUUGCUCAUGGAAAAUCCGGCUCUUCGUUUGCACAAUGAUAAACAGGAUUGUUUCAUAGAUAUAUGCUCUCCUGAAGUUCUUAGUCUUUUCACAGAUAAUUUCGAUUAUCAACAUCUUCGCCGUCAUUUUGUGAAGGGAUUGCUUGUUGAUGAUAUUAUGGGAUAUAAAAUUUUUACGUAUGAGACUCAUGCAAGUUAUGCGGCUAGAGUAGAGAAUUUCAGGAGCUAUGAUACAAUCAGCAAAGAUAUAAUCCAGAGGUGGACGUAUCCAUUUGUUCCAGAUGUUCAAUAUCUUGGAAUUGGCUAUCAGGCUAAGCUUGAAAGACAAGGAAUCUAUCGAGCUCCUGAUGUCAUCCUAUCACGCUCUGCGCAUGUUGGUGCCUUCUCUUUUGUUGGAAAUGGAACCACUAUUGGUGAUCAUAGUCAUAUCUCAACGUCAGUUAUUGGUCAAAGAUGCGUUAUUGGGAAGAAUGUUGUGAUCGAAAGUUCCUACAUUUGGGAUAAUGUCACAAUUGAAGAUGGGUGUAAGCUAAGUCAUGCAUUGGUUAGUGAUGGGGUACAACUGAAGGCUGGUGUAAUAUUGGAAUCUGGUGUUAUAUUAUCUUUUAAGGUUGAGGUUGGGCAGAAGCUUGUCAUUCCUGCUUACUCAAAAGUUUCCGUACUUCCUCAACCAUGCAAGCAAGAUAGUGAUGAGGAGCUGGAGUAUGCUGAUGCCACCGGUGGAGUUAUUGAAAGUCCAUCAAUUUCAAGUGUGGCAAAUGCUCGAAAUCAGGAUCUUUUGUCCGAUAUGCUAGAUGUACCAGGCUCAGACGCAAAUAAGGUUGGUAUUUCUGGAGUUGGUUACAUAUGGUCAGUUUCUGAGGCAGAACAUGAUGAAGAGUGGAGAUUUUCGAUUGCACCAAUCCCUAAAGAAAAACUUGAGAAGUUCUCUCAAAGUGCUCAUGAUGAUAAUGAUGAAGUUAACCAAGAUGAAAGCAGUAUUCCAGCUUCUGGAGAAUUAAUUCCUGAUUCUGAUGGUACUGAUUUUGAUGGAGGUGUGGGGGAAGAUUAUCAUGAUUCUGCUGAUUUUGAAAAUGAGGUUGAGGCAACUUUCCGUAGGGCUCUUGCUGGAGUUGACGUUCAAAAUGUGAUUUUAGAAAUUAGUUCACUACGGUUGUCAUACAAUAUGUCACAUGCAGAUUGUGCUGGUGCACUGUUUUAUGCUAUUAUGAAGUCAGCUUCGGAUAUUUCCUACUCUAAUAACACUGAGCUAUCUGCAAAUACCAAGAUGGAAAUUAACAAGUGGAAGAAUCUUUUGAAGAACUAUAUUAAGAGCCAGGAUGAAGAGAUUGAAGUUAUAAUGAAAUUUGAGGAGAUUUGCUUAGAGACCAUCAGAGAAUUCCGUCUUUUGUUUACAGAUAUAUUGCACCACCUGUAUGAGGAGGACAUUAUAACAGAAGAUGCAAUUCUCUCCUGGGAAAAUGAGAAACAAGGUGCAGACGAAUCAGAUAAGAUCUUUGUCAAGCAGGCAGAACAUUUUAUCAAGUGGUUAAAAGAGGCCUCUGAGGAAGAUGAAGAUGAAGAUGAAGAUGACUGAGUAUAUUAAAUACCGGCCUUUGUUACCCUAAACAUUAGUCCUUGCUCAAAGGAGUGAGAGGUUGAUUUGAAUGAAUCGAUUCUUUUGACAAGGGGUGUUAAAAAUAAAUUUUUUUUUUUUUGUUGUAAAAAGACUAUUUUAUUAGAUAUUUUGGUGAUUUUUUCCACAUACUGUGGACUGAUACUGGUUAGUGUUGUUUAAUCUGAUAGUUUUAAUUAUGGCAGUCAGAUGUGGUUUCACUCA